ACGUGCUGCUGAUGGACCACCAUAAACAGGUCCCGUGUAGUACUGCAGUAGAGGAAGGCUUCCAGCUUCAGCUUCUUUCUGAACCACGCCCGACAGGGUCUAAUAUCAUAUUUCGAUAAACACCCCCUGCGUGAACAAGCGACAACCGGCCCAUCCGGCUGUUUGAUAAAGCGCACCCACAACCGAUUGGCUACGGGUUUUGUGACGUUACCGGAUGUGGAGAGAAUACAGUGGUCCACCGUAACGCGAGGAAAGAAAGCAAGCAUGAGGAUUUCCAACAGUCACCUGCAGCAGCUCACCAUCUUCACCACCGUGCUGACGGGUGCAGGGAUCGGCACAAUGUACUACCUGCUACAGAAGAACUUUGCUGCGUCAGACUACCACAGGCUGGCUUUGCAGGAGUUGGAGGCAUGUCCAGUUGCCAUGGAAAGCCUGGGGGCGCCACCUUUAAAGGUCCACAACAUCCAUCUGACUGACAGAUACAACCGUGUAGAUAAGCACACUGCACAGAUAAAGAUUCCUGUGACAGGGAUUAAAUCCGGAGGCUAUCUGUGUGCGUCUUCACUGAGGGAUCCCAACACAAACAGGUGGAAUCUGAAGCAAGCAGUUCUAAAGCUCAGGGAAGGAAAUGCCAUUGACCUGCUGAAUCCUCCAUCAACUACAGCACAAAGCCACGCAGCAGGGCACGCAGACGGGGUAGACGUGGGCCGCUGGCACUGACCAGCUUUAUGAACAAACAACUAUGCCUGCUAGAAGAAGCAGGCGCUGAAGAUGUUUUGAGCUAUAUUUACUCCACAUUCAUUGUAUGGUCUUCUUUUAAGGGAACCAUCAAGAAGAAAAGCUCUGUCAGUGCCGCAGACUGCUGCAGACUGUCAGAGCUGAGUGGACUUGUGCACUCACUGCUGCCUCUGUCACAAAUCAUGAGAAAUGUACAAAUAUGCACCAAUCAAUAAAUGUUACAAAUGUA